UUUAAGUGCCUUUAGGAAAUUCUGAGAAAGCUGCUUGUGAUGGCUAGGGCUGCAAUAACAUUCCCAGUGUUGGUGGGACUCCUCCUAACUACCACUAGUACUGUUGCCCUUGGGGAAUCUACCAAUCCCCUGCCCCACAAUGGAAUCUGCAGGAGACAAUAUCUUGUGGCAGCUACCUCAACAGACACAGGGACUCUACUAUACCUCUCAACCUCCGAGCCCAAUAACUUCACACUUGAAAUUUCUGAUCGCUUUUUGCCAACCCAGUGCGGCGAGAACUACGAAUUAUGUGAUGUCCUACUAAUUGAAAUGGAGUCGGAAGUAAUCGUUUUUGUCCCGUCACAAGGAGGGUUUGUCAUGGUUACUUAUCGGGUUAGUGAACUCCCUCACGACAUCUUUCAUCCAGUCACGGAAAAUUGUCAUCCGGUAAAAGCAUUUUUGAAUUCUGAGCACAAUCUUAUUGUGAUCGUGUGUGUUGAGUUAUCAUCUGAUACCAAUGGAUCGCUGUUUAUUUUCGAGUUCAGUUUGUCACGGAUGACUUUACGAUGCUCUGAAAGAUUUGUACUACAUAACUCUAGAACUUUGUCCGAAGCUGUACACGCAAGCAAUCGUAUAUUCUUCACCGAAAAUGAUGAGCUGCUAGUAGCUGAAUCCGAGGCGUCUUCAUCGCUCGAACCUGGAUUCUUAAUAAAUAUAAACAAUUGCACACGAACUAAUCAAAUAGAUGUCACUGGGAACGAAGUCUCUAUCUACUGUACUCAGAACGAUGACAGCUGGACAGUCGUGGCUAAUUCUCACUUCUCCACACACCACACCUACUCUCGCUAUCCCUGUCCUGGGUUGAACCAAUAUGUCCGCGUUGAAAAUAAGAGACAAAUUAUGUUUGGCAACACCACUCAACAACCUUUAGUUGGUGAACUCCCUGAUGAUAUUGCAUAUGCAGCUUGUCUAGGAUCUGAAGAUUCUUUUGUGUUUUGGGCGUUUACUGAAAAUGGACGGUUAGUUAGUGUUCCUUUAACAACCGAAAACCACACGAAAACCAACUUGUCAGAAUGCACUACUGAGGGGGACAAUUGCCUGAGGCCAUCAUUUGAUGCCAGGAAAACUAGUGGAGCGUACUUCAAUCAUGAGACGAAUCAAGUCCAUAUUACAAAUAUCACCAGUUUGUGUGGACACAGAACAGUCAACAUGUUCGGGACCCCACAAUUGUUACGAAUUACCUUAGGGGAUAAGGAAGACAGCUGCUCAUGUGCCAACGAAUUGCCAACCACAUUGCCGACCUCAUUGCUGACCACAUUGCCGUCCUCAUUGCCGACCACAUUGCCGACCUCAUUGCCGACCAUAUUGCCGACCUCAUUGCCGUCCUCAUUGCCGACCACAUUGCCGUCCUCAGUGCCGACCACAUUGCCGUCCUCAUUGCCGACCUCAUUGCCGACCACAUUGCCGACCUCAUUGCCGUCCUCAGUUUCAUUGACUUUGUCUAUAUUAUUUUCUGUUGUGUGCAUUCUUCUCAUCAUUACAGCUAUAAUAAUAAUUAUUUUGUGUUGUCGUGAAAUACAAGUGUUUCUGCAACGCUGUGAGAAGAAAGAGCAGCCCUUCUCGAAGAAAUUUUGCUCUGCUAGAGGCCUCCACUCCAGUCUUAGGGUCAGAACGCUCGGACAAUGUGAGUGACAACAAAAGUAACUCGUCGUCAGUCGAUCAGGAACAAGACAAACUAAAACCAAGUCAUAUGCAAGGAGCUAGUGAUACGAAAGGAACACCUGCAGGGCCUGAUGUUGAAGUUAGUGACACGCAAGGAAGAUCUGUAGGUCCUGAUGUUGAAUUCGAAGCUAUUAACACGCCUGCAGGGCCUGAUGUCGAUGCUAGUAACAGAGAUUUUGUGGAGGUCUCCACUCCAGUCUUAGGGUCAGAAUGCUCGGACAAUACGAGUGACAACAAAAGUAACUCGUCGUCAGUCGAUCAUGAACAAGUCAAAUUAAAGCCACAUCAUAUGCCUAGUGUCACACAGGGAACUUUCGCACAUCCUGACAAUAACACGCAAGGAACACCUGCAGAGGCUGCUACUAAUAGUAUUCACCCUCGUGCUGCUGGUCAAACCUUGUACACAAAUUAUGGAGUGGGAGAAGAAGUUCAAGCGAAGGAGAUGGAAGGAACUAAUGAAGUUGGUGUUGAUGUUGCUGGUAUUCAUUUUAGCCCUCAUGAAACAAAAACUUAUCAUUCCUCAAGUGUUGCAGAGAAGAGCAAUGAAAAAAGUCGAGGUGAGGACAACCAAAACCAUAUCGCGAACACUGUGAGGAGUUUAAAAACUAACAAUGUUUAAAUAUGUUUCUGCUUUUCUAGAAAUGAUUUUAUGUAUCAUGUGUAAGUUUUUACUUUACUUUUCUCCUUGUGUACAUUAUUUAAUUCAUUGUACAAUAUUCCACUUGUAUAGC